GACUAGCUGUACCUCGGGGGCUCAGACGGGGGGCUGUUUGGAAGUGCAGGUUCCCUGCGGCGCUGGGCUCCGGAGCGGGGUCCAGCCUCCCCCGGCCAUGCCAACACGUGUUAUCAAACAGGCGCCUGGUAUGCCGCUCGGCUCAGCCCUGCCAGCUGGGGAUGUGGCUUUUUGCAGGGGGGCUUCUGCUCGGGUAUUUACGGCGCGCGGCGGUCCCAGCAGAAGUUCAAGCAGACUGCUUGCGGUUCGCUCCCGGGCUCGCAGCUGCAGCGCCGGGCACGGGGCGCGGAGCGAGUCUCACCCGCCCGGCCAUGGGCUGCACAUGCAGCACGACCGGCCGCUGCCAAGCCAGGAGCAAGAAACGACUAAGAGCUCGGCAGCCAAAGGGGCAGGCUUCCCAGGAGCUGACGGCCGUGAAGACAGAGAAUCAUGUCAUCGCAGCUCCCUUGCACGAGGAUGUGGAGACGACGAAGGCCCUGCUGCUGGAGGAGCAGAAGAGGGAGAUUGGGAGGCUGCUACAAGGACAUCAGGAGGAAACGGAGAGGCUGAAGGAAGCCCACCAGGCAGAGACCCAGAGACUGACCCAAGACGUUAAAAUCCAGGUGGAAAAGGAAAGAGAUUUAGAGCUUAACAAGCAGCUCUCCAAGCAGUUCGACACACUGAACAGAGAGCAUGAAGAGAACCUCCGAGAAGUCCAGAGGGCCCAUGACCAGGAGAUGCUGCUCUUAAGGGAAUCCUACCAAACGGCCCAGUCUUCCUUACAGGAGACGAUUGACAGGUUAAACUCCCAGCUGAAAUCCUUCCAGGAGAAAAUGAAACGGGUGGAGGAAUCGAUCUUGAGCAGAGACUAUAAGAAACAUAUUCAGGAUUAUGGGAGCCCCAGCCACUUCUGGGAGCAAGAACUGGAGAGUCUGCAUUUUGUCAUAGAGAUGAAGAACGAACGCAUCCAUGACCUGGACAAGAAGCUGCUGAACUUGGAAACAGUGAUGGAGAGGAACCUGCUUCUGGAGGAGAAAGUGAAAACCCUUCAGCAGGAGAACGAGGAUCUGCACGUUCAGACACAGAACCACUUGACAAUGACAAGGCAACUGUCUGACAAGCUCCUGGUGGUUCGGGAGGCCCUGGACAAGGAGUCCCAGCUGCGGGAGCAGGCGCACCGGGAGAAGGAAGAGCUGCUGUACAGGGUCCUGAAUGGUGACUCUUCCCCCACCUUCCCCAUCCCCUCCAGUGAGGUGCCACUCAUCGCCACGUAGCGCUCUGGGAAGCGGCGACGGAGGCUGCUGGGAUGAGGACGCAAGCGAGGGGCACCAGAGACUCUUCCACCCCUCGUUUUAGCCCUUCCUUUUAUUGCACAGGCCCAGAGCUGCUGUCAUGGGGACUCUGUCCGGUAGAAGGGGAGUUCCUCAGACUUCUAACCUUGGGACGGCCGCCCUCUAAGUGGACAGUGCAGUAUUUCUCGGGACCUUUUCAAAGUGCUUUUACCCCUCCUGUGUGUCCCCCUGUCUGACUCUGAACAUGGGGGAGCUUACGAGACACCCCAGAACCUAGACCCGUGUGGCGCGAGGUGU